GCUUCUCCGGCGGGAUCCGGCGGGCGAGGCUGAAGCCGCGUACGGCCCGAGCGGGAGGCCGCGGCGUGGCGGGCGGUGUCGCGCCGGCAGCGCCCCGGGGGAGGCCGGGCCGCGCUCCCCGCCCUGGGCGGGCGGCGCUUCGGCCGGUGAACGCCCGGGCUCGUUCCCGCCUGCUGCCGGCCCCCGGCGGAGUGCCGCAUGCUGCGGGGCGCCCGCCGGCCUCUCUGCUGCGUCCGCGCCUGGGGCCGCCUGCCCUCGCGCUCCCUCAUGGACCUCGGGGAGCUCGUUACAGCCCUGAACGACUUCGCGUCCCUCUCGCUGGCCGAAAGCUGGGACAACGUGGGGCUGCUGGUGGAACCGAGCCCUCCCCACGCGGUGAGCACCCUUUUCCUCACUAACGAUCUCACCGAAGCGGUGAUGGAGGAGGCAGUGCAGAAGAAGGCAGACCUCGUUCUUUCCUACCACCCUCCUAUAUUCGCGCCGCUCAAGCGAGUGACGUGGAAGACCUGGAAGGAACGGCUGGUGGUGCGAGCUCUGGAGCACAGGAUCGGGAUUUACUCUCCACACACAGCGUACGAUGCCGUACCUCACGGAGUCAAUAACUGGCUAACGAAGGGACUCGGUGCCUGUACUUCCGUCCCACUGCUUCCAUCAAUGGCGCCAAGCUAUCCAGCUGAGGGCAGUCACCGGGUAGAAUUCUGCACAGACAACACUGAGCAUCUGGACAUGGUGCUGGCCAAAAUCAAAGACAUCCAAGAGAUCUUCUGUCUCACCACUCUCCCUGCCAGGGUUGAUGGUGAGGAGCAAACACGAGUCAGUUUGAAUUGCUCUCAGAAAGCACUGUUGGAGGUGGUGGCAUUAUUGUCCCAGAACAGCCUUCUUUAUCGCAAGACCGAGAUUCUCCUAUUACAAAAGCCUCUUCUUCCCCAUAAUGGUAUGGGACGUCUGUGCACACUGAGCGAGCCAGUCUCCUUGUCAGACAUAAUUGAGCGUAUCAAAAGCCACCUAAAAUUACCCCACAUCCGCUUAGCCGUGGGAGCGAGCAAGACACUAGAAUCACCAGUGAGGAAAGCUGCUCUGUGUGCUGGUUCUGGGAGCAGCAUCCUGAAGGGAACAGAAGCUGACCUCUAUCUCACAGAUGAAGGUCCACGAUGGAUGCCUGCUCGCUGUGUGCGGCCUGAGCUUAGCGUGCCGGAUCGUGGGAGCGCUGCUGCCGCCAGUCAACCCAACAACUGAUGUGUGGCCUCCUUACUGAACCAGUCCUUGUUUGGUGUGCCCUUCCUUGAAACUGACUUGCAGAAAUUGUUGCAAGAAAGUGAAUGUAUGUGGGGAAUGAAGAAUCUUACUAAAAGCCUUGAUAUUUGGGAUAACUGAUUACCUCUGUAUAAUGUUAAUCCAAAAGAAGUUGAUAUCGUUUGCAAUUUGAAUGUCGAUAAUUGUCUUUCUGUAGAUGCUAAUGUAGUAGGAGGCUAUGAUGGGACCAUGACACCUGCAUAAAUCAACACGCGGUAAUGAUGGAGUUGAUUUAUGGAACUGAUGGGAACGUAUUGCAGCGCUUCUUCUCUUAUUCGAACUAACAGCAGGGAAAGCAUUACAAAGUCAAAUCACCUUGUUUGGUAGGCAGUUAAGAAUGUGAGUCAAAUUUGCCACCAUUACAUACAAAACAGAGCAACUAUUGGCUUUUUGUUGUUGGUUCAAGGACACGGCUGUGAGGAUUUGGAUGGUAUGUGCUGCGUGGAUUUUAGGCGCCCCACUGCAGCAACAUGUUAACAAAAUCUGAGGAAAUGUCAGCCUUUUUGGCAUCCAUUCACUCAAUUGGCAGUAUUGUUUGUUUGCUAUUACCUUGGUUGCUGUCAUGUUUGCAAGGGCCCUGCAGAACAUGGCAAACCUGGUACUAGCUGUUCAAAAACAAAAAGGGGAAAUUGUUAGGGUCUGCAGACAAAUUAGUUGACUUCAAAGACUUAGCUGUGUACCUUUAAGACAGCCACAAAUUGUCAGGUAUGUAAACAGGGUGUGAAGAAUCGGAACUUAGAACCGAACCGCAGCAUACGGGCACCUACAGCAACAGCAAAUAGCAAGCAAGAAGGACACAAAAACCUCUCAGGGUCUGACACCUGCACUGUCUAAGAUAUAUAAAUAGUUUGUAUAAACAAUAAAGGCCAUUUUGUCCAAACCCA